AAACGUAAUGAGUCUAAGGACGUCGUGUAACAGAGGUCAAAGAGUUAUCUGGAUUUUGGUAGACAGACAUCUGGCUUCCUAUCUGCAUGAACGCGUGUUGUUUUGGAACUACGUCACAGCGAGGCGGAGCCACCUGAUUGGCUGCACUGCAGGGCGGAAGUGCGUCUGUUUUCCCAGCUGGGAGCUGAAAACAAAACAAGACAGGCAUCGACUGAACCAGGAUGGAUGAGCUGGUGCAGGACCUGGUGUCUGCACUGGAGCAGGCCUCUGAGCAAAACAAGUUAGGGGAGCUGUGGGAGGAAAUGGUCCUCAGUCCGCUGCAGCAUCGGCGACAGAUCCGGCGGCGUAGAGGUCGGAAGCGCCUUCACGAGUCCUCCAUCUAUCCGGUGGCACGCAGACGUCGCUGGAUUGAGGCUUCUGAGUCCAGCCUGGAUGAGGCCAAAGAAUACAGGGAAAACAUAUCUUCCACCUUCACCACCGCUGUGGCAAACUACAGCGACUCAGAUGACAUGGCCACCACUGACCACUGGCCUCGCGUCGUUGGCGGCCCUGUCAGAUCCAGACACCCAUCUUGGCCAGAGUCCGAUUCCUUCACUGACAGCAAUCCAGGACAGCCACUCAGAAGACGCAGGAAGGUCAAGCGUAUGACUUCAGACAUGACAGUCAGACUUCAGCAGAAGUUGCAUCAUGGAAAGAAGAGGCACAGGCCAUCUAAGGUUCAGCGUUUGUCAGGAUCUAGGAGGAGGUCGAGCAGCUGGACCGGACCUGAGAGACAGACAGACGGAGGUAGAAUGAUGGGAAAGGAGUGCUGGAAAAGAAAGAUGGCGAAGGAACGUAGAGAUGGUCCAGAUGAGAACAUGUCUGACGGGGAAACCAGCAGCACGUGCAGCAGUGACCCCGGUCUGUUCACCAAUGAUGAAGGAAGACAAGGUGAUGAUGAGCAGAGCGACUGGUUCUUUGAAGGGGACUGCGGAGUCGGCCUGCUGCCCAACUGGGACUCUGACAGCCCGCUUUCACUUGAGGAUAGACAAUCCUCCACCAACUUCCUCCAACCUGCACGGCGCGCUGUUAGAGGGUAUCAUUCACGUCCUAAACGAUUGCCUUGCUCUGCUGCCUGCUGCAUCAGGCGGGACAGGAGGCGUCUUCCUAGAAAGAGCAACAACAUGCCAGUGUUUGUGGAAAGACUGAGACAUUUCUCUGCAGAUCAUUGCCAGAGAAAAUUCUGGCUGCCUUCUGUUGGGAAUCAAGACAGAAACCAGUUGAACCCUUUGUGCCCACUACCGAUGUGUCCCAGUGACAUGAUGUCAGAAGGUUCCUAUGUCAGAUGUUCCCCUCCAUCCAUCAGAAGCAGGCCCUCCAGGCAGAUUAAUUUCAUUCCGGGACUGUUGUGCUCAUCUGAUGUGCGGAGGAAGAAAGAAACAGAAGCUGUUUUCAUCACAGCAUCAGCUAUCAACCCAUUUCAUAAAGAUCAGCAGAGAAAGGAGGCAAAAGGAGGUGCCUGCAGUAUCACACCAAUCCCUGAAGCAGUAGGACCAAGUACACCUCAGUCUCCUACUUCUGCUGAGCCUGAGAGUUCGUCUUUACUCCAGGGCAACCACGAGGACACUUGAAAGAGGCUUGACAGACGCAUCUAAUUCCUAAAGCGAUUGUGCCUGAGAACGAAAUAGCUAGAACCUCCUUCUACUCCACAAACUUUACGACAAAGAAAGAAAAAUACAAAAGCACAUCAUUAGUCUUCAAAUCAGCAUGUUCCUGCUCGAUCCAGCCCUUCCAGGUAGUAUAUUAAGCAUGACAAAUGUUAAUGCAAUCAAGCCUUGUUAAGCGCUCCGCCAUCUCCUUAAGCAAGAAGGCAGCUUCAAGUGGCUCCUCGUUCGACUCAAGACUUUACUGCUCUUCCUGUUUCCACACUGAGUCUCCAGGCCACCCGCCACUGCAUAAUUCAUUAAUUAUGUCCACUCCCGUAGCACAGCACUUGUCAGCAGGAACCUCGGAAAGUAUGGUCAGUUGAGGCUCGUUGACCAGGGGGCGACUGCUCCACUUUAAGGCAACCAACAAUGGCUGUAAAGCAGCUAGCUCCGAGGGAGAUGAACAUCACAAUGUUUAGCUGCCACAUGCUGUUGCGGGGUUAAGAGAGGCGACCACCGCUGGCGAGCCACACAAAGUACAGGCCUCCUAUUAGCAUGGAUUUGAAAAGCUACAGUUGCUACAAAGGUCCUCAUUAGCACAACACAGAGGGAGCAUAGUCAUGGUCCUCGGAGGGCCUCCUCUGUUCUCUUCAGGUUGCCUUCUAUAUUCAAAUUUCCCCAAACAGAUUUAAAGUUCAAGGCUGGCUGUAAAAUCUGUCUGAAAAAGCUGUUGUUUUUUUUUAGCAAUGCUGGCUGAGUUGCUUUUGGAGCUGGAGGAGCGUCAGGAAACGGGAAAGGAGGGUUAUACACAGUAUCUUCAAAACCCCUCUGGGUAUAUAGUUUCCAAGUGGUUUCACCUCUAGGAGAUCAAUGUCAGCAAACAGAGGAAACAAACAAAAUAAUCUGAGCAAAGCAAAUAAAUAGGUGUGUAGAAAAAGAUGUGCAAAGCAAUAAAAUCAAUUCAGCUUUUAGUGUAGUAGCAUUAUCUCACUUGAAAAAUGUAGAAAAUUCAGUCACCUACAAUGUGAGUACAUUUACCCGGUGAUGAAACUCGUAUCAGUAUAUUUUACAGCCCACAUUUUUGUCAGUAGGACAAUUUUAGUCUCAUAAAAUGUGUCACUUGUUUGGAUCAUACAUGCAGAAAGAUCUUUGAGGAUUCCUCGGCCUUCUCCCCAUUUGAUCCAGAGUCCUGAACUGGUUUAAUGUUCCCUUCACUUCAGCUCAAUCAACAGGUUUUCUGCAGGUCCAGGCACUGCGGUGGCAAAAGAAGAAGGUUGUUUGUGUGUUCGGUGAAUCAUUUCUGUGUUGAUUUGACCAUAUAUUUUGGAUAAUGUUCCAAAAUUACCCAUUUUUUUAUUUUUCUGGUAGAGUUCACCAGAUUCCAAUUUAAAAUGUCAUCAUAUUUUAAUGAGUUCACGAUGUACAACAUUUUAACAAAGCUCCCUGAAAAUUUAGAAAAGAAAGAGGCCCACCAGGUCACAGAUCAUCCACCAUAAUUAGAGGAAAGUAGAAGUAUCCUAUAUUGUCCCUGAGUGGGGAAAUUCAGCUGUACCAGCAGCAGAAGGGUACAGAUAUCUAGAAGCAUGCAUGCUCAGACAUGCAUGGUUGAAAAAUAUAAAAACAGAAAAAUAAGACUAAGAGAACCAAGUUUUUAGUUAAAUAUUGCUUAUAACCAGUAAAAACUGCAAGUGUAAGCAGCGUACCAUGCUAAAAGUCUGAUGAAGUUUUUAACCAAAAGUUAAUCACAUUUUUUAAGGCCUUUUUUUACAGAAAUUCACAACAUAAUCACCAGCUGCAUGACAUGUCUUUUCAGAUAUUUUAAAGCCUUUUUAAAGAGAAGAAUUGCAUUUAAUAAAAUGAGAUUUGCUAAUUAAUGUGAGUUAUAUGUCUGCAAUAAUCUGUGUGAGAAGGAUUUAUGUGAUCAUGCUGGGGAGGGAUGACAUUUAUAAAUGCUGUGUGGGCACACUAUAGUUUAAAUGGAUGCUUCACAUUACUUUGCUAGUUGCUGCCACAGAAAUCCGUCAGUGUUCAGAUCUCCACAAACUCCACAGCCGCUACUGGUUUCCCUCCUUUUCACAUCAGCAUUACACCUGGUAAAUAGGAGUUGCACAGGUUAAUGAUCAUUGUAAAACAGAAAAAAAGUGGUUAAUAAAAAAAAUAUAUAUAUAUAUGUAUAUAUAUAUAUAAAUUUGUUUUUACAGCAGUCUCAGUCUCAACUGUUUGAGAUGUAUUUAUGUGUGUUUUGAACUGGAAGAGCUUUACAGUGUUGGUUUAGUUAAUUGUCAGUGUUUUUUAAAUUUUUUUCAUUGUAUGAAAAAGGGCCUAAUAAAAGUACGUUACAUUUAGCC